AUGAAUUAUAGUUGUUUAAAUUGUGAUAAAUCAAAUGAGAUUAAUAAAACAAUAUGUAAGUAUUGUAAUAAAACAAUUGACAGUUAUAAAGAAAGAAACAUAACAUAUAAAUUAAUAGACAUGUUACUUAUGAAUGAUAAAGUUUAUAAACACCUACUUAAUAAUUAUUUACCAAAUAAUUUAGACUUUCUAAUAACUUUAGUUGUUCUAUUUAUAACAUCAAUUUUCUUAUUAAAAAAAUAUGACAUCUUUUAUUUAUUAGAUUACAAUCUUAUAAAUAAUUAUAAAGUUAUUUCAAUAUUUUUACUAUCAAAUGUAUAUUUAUAUUCAAUCAUAAUAUUUUAUAUAUUCAAUUGUAUUAAAUUAUACAUAUUAAUAAUCAUACUAAUUCUUCAGACGAAUUUGUUUAUUAAGUUACUAUUAAAUAAUUUUAUUAUAACAAGUAAAACCCAACAGUCAUACUGA